GGGGCGCCAGCGGAGAACGCGCGGCGGGGCCCGGGGGCCUGCGGGCGGGGGGGGUGGGGAGCCGGGGAGAGGCGGGAUUGCGGGGAGGGCCCGGGGCCGCCCCCUUCCGCCCUGCCCGCCCACCAGGAGCUGCAGACUCCGAGGCAAAAGCCGGCGGCGGCGCUCCCUGCGCGCCCCACCUGCUCCGCACGCGAAUCCUACCUGUGGAUCCUCCGUGGGGGAGCGGGGAGGGAGGGCGCCCCCUCCGAGGACACCGAUCUCCCCCCUCCUCCUCCGAACGCCUCCCGCCCAGCAGCUACCCGCGUCCUGGACCGGGGGCGCCGGGACCCCGGGACAGGGCGCCAGGCGUGCAGCUGGUGGUGACAGGUAGAUUCUUCUCUUCGCCGCAAACCCCCACCCCGUGCCCCGCGGUCCGGCCUCGGAGGAACCUGGGCGCCCUCCCUCCCGCCCUGAAAGUUUGGGGCUGGGCGCCAUGGCCAAGAUCAGCUCCCUGAACGUCCGCGUGGUGGAGGGCCGGGCGCUGCCCGCCAAGGACGUGUCUGGGAGCAGUGACCCCUACUGCAUCGUGAAGGUGGAUGACGAGGUGGUGGCCAGGACAGCAACCGUCUGGCGGAGCCUGAGCCCCUUCUGGGGGGAGGAGUACACGGUGCACCUGCCCCUGGACUUCCACCACCUGGCCUUCUACGUGCUGGACGAGGACACGGUGGGGCACGACGACAUCAUCGGCAAGAUCUCACUGAGCAGGGAGGCCAUCGCCGCGGACCCCCGAGGAAUCGACAGCUGGAUUAACCUGAGCCCCGUGGACCCGGAUGCUGAGGUGCAGGGCGAGAUCUACCUGGCUGUGCAGAUGCUGGAAGACAUGCGGGGGCGCUGUCUUCGCUGCCAUGUGCUCAAGGCCAGGGACCUGGCCCCCCGAGACAUCUCCGGCACAUCAGACCCCUUCGCACGCGUGUUUUGGGGCAGCCAGAGCCUGGAGACUUCGACCAUCAAGAAGACGCGCUUCCCGCACUGGGACGAGGUGCUGGAGCUGCGGGAGAUGCCGGGCGGCCCCUCCCCACUGCGGGUGGAGCUCUGGGACUGGGACAUGGUGGGCAAGAACGACUUCCUGGGCAUGGUGGAGUUCCCCCCCAAGGUCCUGCAGCAGAACCCCCCCAACGGCUGGUUCCGUCUCCUGCCCUUUCCCAGAGCGGAGGAGGAUUCUGGGGGGAGCCUGGGUGCUCUGCGGCUGAAGGUGCGCCUCCUGGAGGACCGGGUGCUGCCCUCCCGGUGCUACCGGCCACUCCUGGAGCUGCUCAUGGAGUCCGUGCUGCAGCCGGCAGAGGAGGACGUGUCCAGCCCCCUGGCGGUGCUGGAGGAGCUGACCUCGGGGGACUGCCGCCAGGACCUGGCCACCAAGCUGGCGAAGCUCUUUCUCGGCCAGGGCCUGGCCGGGCCCUUUCUGGACUAUCUCACCCGGCGGGAGUUGGCGCGGACCACUGACCCCAACACCCUCUUCCGCUCCAACUCCCUGGCGUCCAAGUCCAUGGAGCAGUUCAUGAAGCUCGUGGGCAUGCCCUACCUGCAUGAGGUGCUGAAGCCGGUGAUCAGCCGCGUCUUCGAGGAGAAGAAGUACAUCGAGCUGGACCCGAGCAAGAUGGACCUGGGCCGCACCAAGAGGCUCUCCUUCAAGGGUUCGGCCUCGGAGGAGCAUGUGCGGGAGGCCAGCCUGGGGCUGCUGAUGGGCUACCUGGGGCCCAUCGUGGACGCCAUCGUGGGCUCCGUGGGGCGCUGCCCGCCCGCCAUGCGCCUCGCCUUCAAGCAGCUGUACCGACGCGUGGAGGAGCGCUUCCCGCGGGACGAGCACAAGGACGUCAAGUACCUGGCCAUAAGCGGCUUUCUCUUCCUGCGAUUCUUUGCACCUGCCAUCCUCACCCCGAAGCUGUUUGACCUCCGGGACCAGCACGCGGACCCCCAGACUGGCCGCUCACUGCUGCUGCUUGCCAAGGCUGUGCAGAGCAUCGGAAACCUGGGCCAGCAGCUGGGCCAGGGCAAGGAGCUGUGGAUGGCCCCCCUGCACCCCUUCCUGCUGCAGAGCAUCUUACGCGUGAGGGACUUCCUGGACCAGCUGGUGGACGUGGAUGGGGAGGAGGAGGCUGAGGGCCCAGCCAGGGCCCUGGUCCCGCCCUCCGUGACCGUCCGGGAAGGCUACCUGCUGAAGCGCAAGGAGGAGCCCGGCGGCCUGGCCACACGCUUCGCCUUCAAGAAGCGCUACUUCUGGCUCAGCGGGGAGACCCUGUCCUACGCCAAGAGUCCCGAGUGUCAGGUGCGCUCCUCCAUCCCUGUGCCGCACAUCCGCGCCGUGGAGCGCGUGGACGAGGGCGCCUUCCAGCUGCCGCACGUCAUGCAGGUGGUGACCCAGGACGGCACAGGGACGCUGCACACCACCUACCUCCAGUGCAGAAACGUGAACGACCUCAACCAGUGGCUGUCGGCCCUGCGCAAGGCCAGCGCCCCCAACCCGGACAAGCUGGCCACCUGCCACCCCGGGGCCUUCCGCGGCGCACGCUGGACCUGCUGCCUGCAGGCGGAGCUCUCCGCUGCUGGUUGCAGCCACACACACUCGGCCGUCACCCUGGGAGACUGGAGUGACCCCCUGGACCCCGACGCUGAGACCCAGAUGGUGUACCGGCAGCUGCUCCUGGGGCGGGACCAGCUCAGGAUGAAAUUCCUGGAGGAUUUCAACGCGGAUUCGAGUCCAGAGGCAGACAGGGAGGACUCCGGGGCCAUGGAAGGGGCCUGCCCCGACGCGCUGGCCGGGCAGAGAGAAGCAGCGGCCCGCCUGCUGGAGGUGCUGGAGGACCUGGACGGAGCCCACGAGGAGUUCCAGCGGCAGGAGCAGGGGAAGGCGGCCCCGGGUCUCCGCAGGCCCUGAGGGGAUGCUGCAGCCAGCUGGGAGGAAGAACGAGGAGCCCCCGGGCGGUCUCGGCAGACCCCGGCCCAGGAGUCUCCUUGUGGCUGUCCUGUACCUUCUUUAUUGAUGCUGAGGCUCUAAGGCUUCUGGGAACUUCCUAGUCCCACAUUCUCUAAGCCCCAAACCUGGUGCCUGGAGGCAGGGGGCCAGCCUUGCCCCGAACGAGUCUCCCUCUCCGGGAUGAGGCAGAUGAGUGGCUGGCAUCAGGGACCUGACUCAGUCGGCUCAGCCUGACGUCUCUGCUUCACGGGGCUGGCCUCUACCCACCCCCACGAGGCUGCUGGAUACAGCUGCACCUGAGUCCCUGAUGCCCACAUGGCCUUGUUGCCCCAGGCAAGCACUAAACGGGCUCAGCCCUUCCUGUU